AUGUCGGCCCAAUCUCCUCAUCCUCCAACCCCUAAGGGAUCGCGCAACAGCCGUCGUCCCCAGAAGAAGAACACGACCCCUCACGCCCAGAAACCGGCGCUCCUCUCUACUCCUCCAUCAUCCCCGCCGCAUAACAUGAGCCCCGGUGUCACCCAGAUUGAUUCCUCAAACUUCAACUCUUCUAAGAAGAAGCCUAUGCGCUCAGUCAAGAAGCCCCGAGACAACAAGGCUUCACCUGCCCCGCACUCUGGAAACCACAGCAACGGCUGUAAUAGUAGUCUUCGACAUACACCAACCCACCCUGCUGUCACAUCUCCUCAGACAAAGCCGAGCGAAGCCUAUGCAGGACCGACGUUCCAUGCAUCGCCUGCACCAUCUGCUCUACCUAUGCCUAGCUUCUUCUCUAAGUCGGGUCUUGAUGCCAAUUUGAUCCCACCCAUCGAGACCGAUAGUGAUGAUGCGGAGGUGGAGCCUGAACCAGAGGAGACUCCGUCCAAACCUCGCAAUCGCAACAACCUAUUUAAGGGUGAGGAGCACAAGCCUUCGCCUCUCGACUUCCUUUUCAAGGCUGCUGUGCAAGCCAGGGACCAGAAGUCCACGAGCAGCCCUGAGGUGAACAAGGUUCUUCUGUCUCCCCAGACCGAACCCAGGGCCGUUCGCCUCAAUCGUGAUGGCGUAUUUUCAUUUGAAAUGGGAAACUCCGAAUACUCUCGCAACUCACAAAUUGGUCCUUCUUUCGCUCCUUCUUACCAGGAUCGCAUGAAUGCGCUGCGGCCCUCGGCUACCCCUCAGUCCUCUGACAUGUCUGAGGAGGAGCGACGAAUCAAAACCGAGGAGUUGAAGCACCUGUUACUCAAUCCACCCCCACAGAAGCCGCCUUCCUCGGCUUAUGCUUCUCCCGAUUACACUGGAUCCUUCGGGCCCCGUCCUUCCAAUGUGCCUCCCUAUGCCACCCCCAUGCGAACCUCGUCUGGCCCUCAGUUGACCAUGUCUCAUGGUUCGUUCUCUCCCCAUCAGCUGCAACAGCAGCAGAUUCCUCAGAACAGCGGCCGUUCCCAGUACCAAUACCCCGGCCACUCUCACUCACCUCUACGCCGUGAGGUUGACCUCGUGCCGCCUCCUUCGAUGCCCCCGUACCGUGGCCCUAUCUCGAAAAGCACCUCGAACGGAGGCUCUCCGGCGCCAUAUGGCAAUCCAUACGUGGCAACCUCCCAGCUUCAGCGGUCUGACUACGCUUCUCCCCAACCAAGCCAUGCAUCAGCUUCAUUCCAAAUGCCGCUCAACUCACCAUCUCCUUCUCGAGUGGUAGACACCAGGCAAAUUGAGAAUGACAUCCGUCGAGUCCUGAAGCUCGAUACCUCAGGACCUCCAGUUACUCAGAGCUUCGCGUAG